AUGUCUGGCUGCUAAGACGGCCCCUAAACAGCACGUCCUAUCUGAGCGACCACAGGGUCACAGUGGGCUACAAUCGUACUGUGCAGUUAUUGAAGUCUUUAAACUCAUUUCAAUAUGUCUACUGCAAUGAAUUUCGGCUCCAAAAGUUUUAAACCUCGAGCUCCUGACAAAGGCUCGUUUCCUCUGGAUCAUUUCGGAGAGUGUAAAGCCUUCAAAGACACGUUUAUGAAAUGCCUGCGAGACAACCACUUUGACAACUCCAAGUGCCGACUGCAGUCCAAAGACUAUCUGGAGUGCCGGAUGGACCAUCAGCUGAUGGCCAAGGAGCCUCUGGAGAAGCUAGGAUUCAGGGACCUGAUGGAUCCUCCUCCCAGCCAGGCGGACAAAGACUCUAAACCCUGAUCUGCUACACAUCAGCUGCUGUUUCCGGAGUGCACAUGUGGAAUCGCUCUGAGCUUCCUAUACCCAGCUGUUGGUGUGAAUAAGCUGCCGACACAUGUGCUCUUAAAGCAUAUGAAAGGCAAAGACUGCUGUGAGUGCGAAGCUGAGAAGAGUGAUUCAAAGAGUCUGAGAAUGCAGCUUCUGCAGGAGGCGGUUGUGAUUUAAUUUGUGGCCUUAGUUUGAGACUACGGGUUAGGGUUACUGUACAUAAAAUAUAAAUGUCUAAUAUAUAGAGAUGCGAUUUCAACAUGUCAAUAAAUGUUUUCUAUUUUAA